UUCCAUGCUUGCUGGCACCUCGAGGUGCGCCUCGGAUAUGGACUCACGAGGCCCUCUAUAAUAUAGCCUUCCACAGUCCACUACAAAGAACUGCAAGACUUCCCCCGCCAUGCACAUCUCCAUCACCUCCAUCCUGCUCGGUUUAGGAAGCAAGUGUCUCCUCAACUGGGCGUUGGUGCUUCUGCAGAGGAAAGAUGUCUGCACAACCUUCAUCGGGGUCUUCAGCACUUCCCUGGCACUAGCCGACACGGUCGCGACCCUCGUUCUGACCGCAAUUCACACCCAAGGCGACGGGCAGCUCCUGGGUCUGCGAGUGACACGGUAUCACGUGUGUCUGCUGGUUCAAAUACUUGGACAAAUAUACGGCGCCCUUCACUGGCCCGUGGUGGUCAUCACGUGGCUGGAUCAUUACUGGACGGUGUCUCGGACAUUACAGCCCAUUACGGCCGGCGCCCGGAGGAUGGCGUGCUCAUUUGUGACUUGCCUCUUGUGGAGCGGUGCGGUCCUCCAGGUCUUCCUGCUGUCCGGCUUUGUCCCCGUGCUGGGGGAUGAAUCUCCGCUCCAGAUGCAGCAUUGCUGGGUUUUCCCCUCCUCCCAGAUCCUGCAGGUGUCCCUCGUCUUUCUUUCGGCAGCGGUCUGCGCAGCGUUGUACCUGUACGCAGGGUCUCUCGGGCCCAACAUGUCGGCGGAGCAGCCCCACCCCGAGCCUCAGAGCCCCGGCUCCCCAGCCAGGGGAGGUGUUGCUUACCAAGUCUUGCUGAUAUUCUCCAAAACGUGGGCUUCCUUCUUCAUUCUUCUUUGGGUGCUUCUGCUUCUUCCCAUGGGAAUACCGGACUACCUGGGACUGAGCGUCCCCUGGCUAUGUUUCCUCAAUAGCAUCCUGAUAGGAGUCGUCUUGUGCGCGUGCUGCCCGGCCUGGCACGCUGUCCACUCGGAGAUGAUACCCGCGGACAUCUUCUGCAACUGGAGACUCAGCUCAGUGACAGGGGACAGAAUGGGACUCUAAUGGUGGUGUCUAUGCCUCCAUCCCCCCCUCCCCCCUUUAACAUGUAUGCAUCUUCACCUAUACUGACGUGAGCACACCAGUGACCACAGACAGGUGACCACAUACAGUUUGUUCAAUAA